AGGCGGUGGUAGCUGGGGAGCAGUCCUCACUUGCUCCAGCUGGGCUCUUCUCCUCCCUUCUGGGCGGGGAGAGAGGACAGGAGAUAAAUGGGAGACUAGGGCCAGCUGGACACUGCCAAGAGCUGCUGAGGCUGGGAGUAAAGUCUGGCCAGAGGACGGCCUGGGGACCAGGAUGGGGCUGCUGGUGCUAGCCCUGGCCAGCUGGCUGGGGCUGGGGCUGGCCUCGGACUCUGAAGGGGCUGCCAACAGCAGCCAGCUCUGCCAGGAGGCUCCGGCAUGGAGCAUCAAUGGCUUCAGCCCCAUGGCCGAAGCAGCAGGGCAGGUGACAGUGGUGGCCCUGCUGAAGGCCAGCUGACACUUCUGCUUGCAGCAGGCCCACAGCCUCGGGGGCCUGCGGGAGCGGCUGGCCCGGCAGGGCACUGUUGAUGUCCGCUACAUGAUCAUCAAUGAGAAGGCACCACUCUCCCGUGUCAUGUUUGGGGAGCUGAAACGCCAAGCUCCGCCGGGUGUUCCCGUCUACCAGCCAGAGCCGAAGGAGCCAGAUGUCUGGCAGAUCCUGGGAGGUGACAAGGAUGACUUCCUUGUCUAUGACCGGUGUGGCCGCCUGGCUUUCCAUAUCCAGCUUCCCUACAGCUUCCUCCACUUCCCCUACGUGGAGUCGGCCAUCCGCUUCACCCAUAACAAGGACUUCUGUGGCAACUGCUCCUUCUACUCCAACACCACCCAAGAGGCUAACAGUACUACGGAGAUCCCUGCAACCCUGAAUCCGCUUCCAGAACAAGAGGAGAAGGAGUCGGAGACCCCCAUCCACCAGCACAACCCCCUCCAUCAUCGCCACCACGAAGUCAGCAGUGAGAGAGCCACAGACACGAGUGGGGACCACAAACCUGCCACCCAUGCUCAGGGCCACCGUGGAGACCACAGCCAGCCCCAUCACAAGGGAAAGAAGCAGAAGGAGGGAAAUGAGCACUAAGCCAGGUUGGGCAGCCUCACAGAACCCAGUAGUGUGCAGACCAUGCCAACUCACUUCCCAGAGGCACAAAAGGACUCAUUUCGGGCUGCCAGUCAGCAGCAGCAUUGGUAUAGCAACCCCCUCCAGCACCCCCCAUGUGAGUCUCACUCCCACACUGUCACCAGGGAUGAAAAUCCCCCUUAGACACCCAGAGGGACUGAGUUUUCAGCUGUGGGGCUGAGUUCUGAUCCUUCCUCUGCUGCUGCCUGCCUCUCUGUGCUCAAUGAAGCCUGUGGUGAAAACCGGGAUGUCCCCGGUCACUGCUGGCUGACACCGCAUGGAGCAGCAGGGCAGGAGUGGAGGGACCAGGACUGGGAUGGGAGCAGCACUGCCAGCACGCUCUGCCCAUCCUGACACCUCUGGUUGUCCCGGCACCUCUGGGUGUCCUGGCUGGGGACUGAGGGAAGGGACAACGUGUGCCCCACAGGAUGUGAUCCUAGGGGGUGGAAGGCAUUAGGAGUGGUGGGAGGUCACAGCUCCCCAUGGUCCAAACCCUGUACCCCUACAGAUGUCAUGUCCUGGGGACCCUUAUGGCCUUGCACACAGGUAUGUGCAGUGGUGAUGGGUGGCCGCAAGAUGGUGGCCUUGGCCCCUCUUGGAGAUCUAGGGGCUGUAUCCAGGGCUCACAGCCCUGGGAGGAUGAGGGUGAGGAUCCUGGGGUCUCUCCUGGGGAAGAAGCAAGAUUGGAGGAUGGUGUGGAUAUCCAGACUAUGAAUAAAACCUCUGUGAAGUGAA